CUUGGCGUCAACAGGUCAUAGACGCCACCCGUAUUGCCACAUAAUCAUCAGGUCUGACUGAAACAGCGUUUCUGCCUUUUACAGGUAGACAGAAAAAAUAAUAACGUUGACACAUUGUUGAUAAUAUUACUACAUUUCAAGGCUUUUUCAUUACAGUGAAAUGAGUUGAAACAGAGCCGAGUUGUAUUAGAAAACAGCAAUACGCACAGCCCGACAGCCCGGUGAAUCUGGGAUGAAUUAGUGCUGCCUCAACCUCCUCGUCUUUCAUUGGGUCACUGGAGUUUAAAUUAAGUGGAUGAGAAACCCAUGGGGAGGGCUCUGCAUAAAUGAGAGUAAAGUUGAAUUUUAAACGCGUUAAAACUGUCACAAAGUGGCGUUAAAAGCGGCGUUUUAUGUCACAGAACGGCGAAAUAAGCGGCGUUCAAUGUCCGUACCAAACGCCGUAUUUUACGCCACCCACACAACGCGUCUGGGAUUAGGUGACGUAAAAAACGGCGUUCAAUGUCCGGAAAAAACGUCGUAUUUUACGGGCGUUCUACGGGACCGUUCAGAAUGGCGUCAAUUACGGCGUUCUGGCAGAGUUUUCGCCGUAUUUUACGACGUCUUGGCACAUCAAAUGGCGUUUUUUUCGCCAUUUCUUAACUAGACGGGUUGGGAAAGUGGCGUAUUGUGGCGGUUUUGGCUUGCCAUAAGAAAUUGCCAAGACAGUAGCGCAUGCGCAAGAGCGUUAUGUCGCCGGUCCCUGCGAGCUAGUUGUAAACAGAGCAGCAUGGGUAGAAAGAACGCACGCUAAAACUUGGGUCCACUUCACUAAAUGUGAUGGGUAACUGGAUGAAACCAGCGACAGACAAUGAUCUAAGUGAGACAUCCUCAUUUUAAUCUGCUCCGAUACAGAUAGUGGUGUACUCCUCAUCCCUAGUGACAACACGAGUGCUCACCUGGCUGUAGCACACAGAGCGUUGGACAUGUCGGUCGUGAGGGCUGUUCUGUGGAGUGUUCUGCUGUGUACAUUACCUCUCCAGCUGUGUGAGGCUGUUAACCUCAAAUGUACCGCCACUCGCAGAGGAAACCUGAUGAUUUACAGCAUAGACCACCAGGGUUUCCCUCCAGAUGUCAACCUGUCUAGCUGUUAUUUCUCGUGGAGCAAUGACAGUACCGUUCUUGCCAGUCAUCAGGACAAACUCCCAUCGGUGAAGACAAAAAGCCUAAAAAAUCUAGAGACUACGGAAUGCUUCACGAACGUUGUUCACAAAUCCCAUUGUGCAUCAAAGACAACUGGAUUUCUGACAAAUUUCCAGGCGAAAUGCAACGCAAAUUGCAGCAAAGAGGGUCACAAAGUUACAGCAUUACCUCUCCAGCUGUGUGAGGCUGUUAACCUCAAAUGUACCGCCACUCGCAGAGGAAACCUGAUGAUUUACAGCAUAGACCACCAGGGUUUCCCUCCAGAUGUCAACCUGUCUAGCUGUGAUUCCUCAUGGAGCAAUGACGGUACCGUUCUUGCCAAUCAUCAGGACAAACUCCCAUCGGUGAAGACAAAAAGCCUCAAAAAUCUAGAGACUACGGAAUGCUUCACGAACGUUGUUCACAAAUCCCAUUGUGCAUCAAAGACAACCGCAUGUCGGACUAAUUUCCGGGCGAACUGCACCUCAAGUUGCAGAGAAGAGGGUCACAAAGUUACGGUUCCUCUGGUUCUCGGUAUCGUAGCCGUAGUAGGACUGUGUAUGGCUGUGGGUGGAUACUUCUUCUACAAAUCCAGAAAGGAAAAUCACAGGUACUGUUUCAUUUUUAUCCUUUUAACCUAACAGGGAGCCCAAGUCUCCUUUCCGGUCGGCCCAUGGGUCCACGGAAGAACGAAAAAAUGAAAGCAAGUCAACGGGGCUGAAAAUGCUAUUUUUUAACCCGCUUUGCCUUACGCCCUGGAUCACACAUGUUGUACUGCAAUUUAGAUGAAAAGUAACGACGGGUGUUUCAGCCACGCCAGUCACGUACUUUGAGAUUUAUCAGCUUGUAAAAGUUCGUAAUUAGCAUGAUUACAAACUAGAAAUCAGCGUGUUCCAUUUGUGACGUCACCACAUAAUCUCCUCUCCCCUAGCGUAGCUGCUACUUACCACAUGACCAAAUUUAUGGUGGUUCUUUCCUCCUGUGGGAAGUUUGCUGAACUUACGGCCAUUUUCCCUCAGUUUUCUCCGUUUCUGGUUCGAUGACAUCACUUUAAUGAAGCACAUUAGUAGUCCUGGACUUAUUUUCACACAAAACCUAAAAUAUUGUUCUCCCCGUUCGAAAAUAAGCUCGUUCUUAACAACAUGUGUCAUUAAAAUUCACGGACGUCAAAUGUGAAAUCCAUGGAACAAAACAAGCGGAAUUAGAAAAUAGCCGUUUUGCCCCGUUGACUUGCAUUCAUUUUUUUGUUCUUCUGGGGACCCGUGGUGCUGAAGUGACUUAGUCUCGUUAUGAACAGCAUCUCUUCUCAUCAUUGGUCAUGACUGAAACAUUUUGUCUGUUUUCAGCUA